AUGGAUCCACCUCAUGUCAGCUGGAAGCAUUCAUGGGCACUUACUGAAAUACAGAACGCAUUGGCGACGUCUCCAUUCAAUCGUAUUCCUACUGAAAUUCUCUUACGAAUAUUUCAAUUACUUUCUGUUCCUGACCUAUGUAAUGUAUCACUUGUUUGUCGAUUGUUCAAAACGGUUGCAGAUCAAGAUGACAUUUGGAAAUUAAAAUGCAAUACUUCAACGAAGUUAUAUUCAAAAUCAUUCAAACAAACAUACAUGGAUUGGAUGUAUGAGAAAUAUUUACGAAAUAAAGAACUAAAACGAAAAUUACUGAACAUGCAGUCAUUCGGCCGAUUAGCAUGUGUCAGGUGUCUACCGCCAAAAUAUCCAGUCCGACCAAUAGUCGAACAUCCACUUGAAUCUGUUGGUGGUUUCAGCCGACAUCCAAAUUCUUCAAAAGACAUGUAA